AUGGCCGCUCGCCACGACUAUCUCGCCUACAAGCACGACACCAGCUUGCUUCUUCGCUGGAUGAUACAGACCUCCAACAACAUCAUCAAAGCACGCAAGGCUGAAAUUGCCGAACUCCAGUCGCACGAACUCAACAAGACGGGUAAAAUUAGGGUCGAUGGGAUCGUCCGGUUGUGCCGACUCAUUGCCAAGCAUGUCACCAACGUCUCACCAUCAAUUUACCGACUCUUUCAGUCCAUAAUUGAUGCCCGGACCGCCAGUUAUUCAAUGUUCCAGAGGGUCGCGAUCCAGACUCAAGACAAAAAUGUUGAGAAAUGCAAUUCUACCCACAAGUUCUUCAUCGACACCCUCGUAGCGGUCUUGGAGGCCCUCGGGAGUACGCCUUCGAAGCCGGGGGCAUGCCAGAAUGCGGAUCAUGGUACUUCAUCAGUUAGCAAAGAGGAGGUGGAGCAGCUCAUCUCCGUCAACAGAUUUGUCCCUCUCCAGAAUGGCGAGUUAGAUGGGUCUAGCGACAAGGAGGUCCCACAACAGUCAUCGACGACCCAACCACGCAAACAAGCCCGUCCUGGUAGAGCAAAGAAGGGCAAGAAAGGCAAGAAGCACAACCACAAACGCCCAGAGCCUUCCAUCUCAGAAGGAGAUCCCGUCAAUCUUUCACUGGAGGAUUACAAGCUCAUUGAAGAAAACGUUUGGCGAAAUGUCGCAUACAACCACCUCAACAUUGCUAUUGGCGGCACGCUCUCCAACUCCGCCAUUGCCAUGAUCCAACGACGUUCAAGAGCGAUAUUUGUUAAUUUUCCCGACCAUGAUUCAUAUGGCAGCAUCAUGAACGUAGUCACCUGGGGGUUGCCUUAUGAGUUGCAAGGCAAAAUGUUAUCACACUUGUGGUCGUUGCCCCAAUUCCGACCAGACAACUUUACGCCUUCCAAAGAGAUAUGUGUUGAUGCCAAAGAGCAGUUGAUGGCCUAUUCCUACAACUAUCUCGUCGAAUUCAUCACUGAUUUCCAACACACUCGCUCUGGCAAGCCAACCAAGCGCAUGCUCGCGGAACUCAACAGCUGGGACCCCAACCUCAGCCUCCAGACGGCGACAAAAGAGGAGUGCCUGCUGUGGCGAAGGAGCUACACGAUCAAUUGGCUGUAUGAGAUGGUAAAUACGGUUUCAAUGUCACAUCCUCAACACCGAAAGGUCCUUGGGCUUCAGGAGUUCUCAGCCUUCGUCACCCUCGCUAUGCAAAACCCAGGAACCCACUUUCGCCACAAGAUCCUCCCUCAUCAUGUGUUUCAGCUGCAGCUGAUCAUGGACUCCUUGACCAUAUCCCGAGGAUGGGCCCAAAGUUUUCUUGGAGGGGAUACGCCAGCAUCACCAGCGGACUCAAUCGAUCCGCAACAUGUCAUCAAGGACGAGUUCCUGAAUACUAAGCGUUACGGGACAGCACUGUUCCACGAUAUGAUGCAGAUAUGGAAUAUAGAGAGCCCUGAGGAAAGGCAAGCAUUUGAUCCCAAGCUCCAAAAAGAAGCAUCGAUUUUGGAUGACUUGAUAGAAGGUCUCCAUGGGUUUCUUGGACAGUCCAAUCCAGGACCCAUCGUUCUUGUCCAUCUGCACAACAUAGUGUGCCGAAAAGGCUAUCUCAAAGAGCCCCUGGAUACGCUCCGUCUGGUGGAGUCUCAGUUUGCGCGAUGCCUGUUUCCUGAUGGCAAGGCCCUGACUUUCCACUUUCACAGGGCGCUGCAGCGGAUGGUCCAACAGUUCGCCACACACGAUUCCCUCCGUGUUGAAUGCUUGAAGGCACACCACCAAAGGCUGCUGAGCCAAUGGCCGAACGAAGAUAUUGAUCUUCAUGCACAGCUUGACGGUGGGGCUUGUAAAAUCUCCAACGAGAAAUCGGAUUUGGUGCUGUACAGAGAGGCGAAAUGGGAUCUUGAUCGCAUCCAUGAUCGGGAUCUCAAACUGCAUUCGCUCCUCUCAAGAGCGCGGCUGUAUCGCAUGAACAGAGUUCUGGAUCCAUCCACCGGCCACAUUGGCAUGAGUGAGGAGGAAGUUGCUCAUUUCGUCCCCGAAACUGUCGUGCCAGCCAAAGUUGACCGAAGCAUGAGCAAUGCCAGUCGUCACACUGACGAUUACCAGGCCAACACACUAUCCAACGAGGACUUAUUGGAAAUUGUGCAUGUGGAUAUCACCAAUGAUCUCUUGAGCACUCAGCCUUUCUCGGGCUUGAAUUACCUUGCAGUACAUGUAUCAUGCUAUUUGUUGUUUAGGGAAAUCUACACGACACUCAACGAAAGGCGGAACAAAACGUGGAUGGCGGUCAAGAGUUCUUGGAGGCCAGGUAGCGAGAGACUCGCAUUGUCGCUGGCUUUCAGGGUGUUGAAGAUGGGGGAUCGGGAUGAAGAGUGUCUAUAA